AUGAAGUUCACCACCACCUCCGUCAUCGCCAUCGGCCUCUCUGCCCAGGCUCUUGCCAACCCUUCCUACGUCGAUCGCCGGGCUUCGAAGGUCCAGCGUGAUGUUGCCGCUUUCGAGUCUGUCGUGUCCGCUGUUGACACUGCAGUGAAGAAGUUCGAUUCCGAUAUCAACUCCUACUCCAGCGGUGACGUCUCCUCCCUUCUCUCCGACUCUUCCAACAUCAUCUCUGUCACCAACAGCGGUGUCUCUUCUCUCCAGGGCGAGUCCACUCUCAGCACCACUGAUGCUGUUACCCUCAGCACCGUCGUCCAAGGCCUCAGCUCCGAUGUCCAGACCGCCAUCAACGACCUCAUCUCUAAGAAGGCUGCUCUCGUCGCUGCUGGUGCUGGUGGCCAGGUCGAGACCGGUCUUCAGGACCAGCUCACUGCUGCCCAGAGCCUCGCCACCUUGAUCUCCAACAAGGUUCCCUCCUCUCUCGCCGGCGUUGCCAGCGAACUCUCCUCUGGUAUCACUGAUGCCAUCCAGAGCGGUAUUGCCGCCUUCUCCGGCACUGGCAGCACCUCCACUGCUGCCUCUUCUGGUACUAGCAGCACUGCUGCCGCUACCACCACUGGUGCUGCCACCUCUACUGGUGCUGCUACCACUGCCACUGCCACUGCCACCUCAGGUGCCGCCACUACCGUCGCCACAUCUGCUUCCUCCAAGACCACUGGCGCUGCCACCUCCUCUGGUACUCUCCCUGGUUCCAGCCAGACCUCCACCGGUGUCGUCCCUCAUUACACCGGUGCUGCCAGCGCUAACAAGGCCAGCGGAGCUGUUGGUCUCGUUGCCGCUCUCCUUGCUGUCUUUGCCUUGUAA